UGGAGAUGAUACACAUGAUUCUGAGGAUCAGGUAAUACUAUACAAAAAAUUCAUUCAUUGUGACUGUUUCUGGUAAGCAACCAACUACUGGUACCUGCAAGUUGCAUUCAUCAAAGUACAAUAGUUCAUAAUGCCACACACUGGUCAUUAGCCACCAGCUUGGAUAAUACUAUGAUUCAUUCAGUCAUACCAGUCAGCCUCUUGCUUGGAACGUACUAUGAUUUAAAAAGGUCUACGAGUAAUGAGCCAUCUGCUUUGAUAGUACUAUGAUUUAAACAAGUCUUUCAGCCUCGGAAUAAUUGACACCAGCACUUUUAGGUGGGGAGGUCCAUUUUACCUUUUUUUCUCUUAUGUAAUUUUUUGGUGGGGCGUGGUUUAACUAUUACUUUAUUUGACAGAGAGCCAGGCUUUUGGACAAUACAGAAACUCUUGAAAGAACAGGACGAAGACUGGAUCAUGGCUAUAGAAUAGCAAUAGAAACUGGUAAGAACAUUUUAUUCAAUGCUAAUGUUAUUGAAUUUUGAAACUUCAAUGAACCCUUUUUAAAAAUCUGCCUUACAACAUUGGAAGGUGGGCGGGGUGUAUAAAGUCUCUGUCUCAUUAUCAUACUCCAGAAUACUGGUACCGGUACUAGAAAGGUAUCAAAAGAAAUACAGAUUGACCCAUGGUAGUUGAGUAUUAAUGAGAAUAGGCCAACCAAGUUGUUUAGAUUAGCGAUUGCCAACCUGUGGUACAUGUAUUCCUGUGAGUACGUCAUGGGCCGCUUGGCUUGGAGGAGCGAAAAAUUAUAUUAAUUUUUAAAAAGUGAAAAAUGGCACUCAAAAAAUGAUUCUCUUUUACUUCUGUUUUGUUACAAGAAACUAUUUCAAUAUUUAGCAAUAAAUCAACAACAAAUUUUAUCCACAAAAAUAUUUUUUUCCGAAUAAAAUUAAUAAUGAGAAAACCAUAUUGUAUUAGUAUUACAAUCAGAUGUUGAUAAUUUUUAUUGAGUUUUCCUGUUUAUGGCCAAAUAUUAUAUUGUAAUGUUUACUUUUGUGGGUUUUUUUUUUUAACUAUGUUACUGGCAACCAUUUUUUUCUAUUUAGUUUAUCAUAAGAGAAUUCUCAUCUUAUACAUAUGGAACAUUAGAAUAACUAUUGCAAUAAGUUUGACACAGUUCCUAAUUUGAGACUGAUUUUUUUAAAAACUAGGAUCCAUGAAACAAACUCAGGAUCACAUUAAAACUAUUAAAAGCCUCAUUGGACCAUUUGCAUACAAGAUAAAUAAAUUAAAUGUUAUUUUAAAGUUAAUUAAUAAUUAUUGUAAUAACAUUAAAAUUUAAUGUUUGUAACAGUCAAAAGUUUUAAAUAUUGUUUUUUUUAAUUGUAAAAUAGAAACUGAAAAACAUAUACAUUUUUUUUUAUUUACUGGUAUUUUAAAAAAAAUUAUAUAAUUUUUUAAGGAUGAGUGGGGUGGGGGGUAAGGGAGGAGGUGUCAUCAUAAUAAAAAGUCUAAUCAAGGUAUACAGGGUAACAAAAAGUGUUAGGAACAGCUGCUUUAGAUGAUGACAUUUUCUUGUUCUAAUGAUUAAUCACGGUCAUCUUGUAAAUUUUAUUUUUAAUUGUUUAAAUAGUAAUGGUGCCAUACCAAAGCGAUUCUUGUCUGUGCAUUGACUAGAAAAUGUUUUGAAAUGUAUCAGUCACAGGGUUCUCGUAGCAGCUAAACUAAAAACAUAAUCUAAGCUAUCUAGGCGUGGUUCAUUUACAAAAACAUACAUUUUACAACAUUAAGUGAAACCUUGAUGUUCAACAUUGUUGAACCUGAAUAACAUACUCUUAAAAUAUUGUAUUCAAUGCUCAAGUAUAUUAAUUGGCAAGUCUUAAAUUUUUAUAUUAAAUUUAAAAGAAGAAACAAUUUCUUUUAGUUUGAUUGCAAGUCAUUUCUGAAGCAGUUACAAAUAUCUCUUACAUCCUAUAUUAUGUGAAAAAUGUGUUCCUAUAUCCUGACAGAAGCUAAUCAAAUGUGAAAUUUGAUAAAGAACACUUUUUAAGCUAAAACACUUCCAAAAUCUUUAACUUUUAACAGCAACAUGCCACUGACCAAGAUUAGUUUUACCUCUCCUCACUUCCCCCCAUACCAAUAAAAUUAAAUAUGUGUUUUUUGCUCACCAUCGACACACUUUAUUCCAGAACAAAUUGGAGGCCAGAUCAUGGAAGAUCUCCAUCAUCAAAGACAAACAAUUAACAGGUCCAGAGGAAGGGUAAGACAUUUAACAAAGCUAUACUUCUAA